GCCUCACUUGGGAAUAUAUAUUGCAGACUGAGCUCACGGGCAGUGUUUAUAUUGCUCGUAUACAUCUUGCCGUCGAUCAUUUGUUUCUGAUACAGCGAUAGCUUGCUCCAAGAUGUCGUACGCAUACAUCGGCGCCCCAACCGUCUUCAAUGGCACACUGCCAAAUGGUGGUGAUUCCACCACAACUAACCUCAAUCAAUGGUACCAAUCCGGCGACCAGGCCUACAUCAUAAUAUGUUCCUGCAUGGUCCUGGUCAUGAUUCCCGGAAUCGGGUUUCUGUACUCCGGCCUCGCUCGCAGAAAGUCAGCCCUCUCCAUGAUCUGGGGAUGCAUGGGGUCCUUCUCGAUCACGACCAUACAGUGGUAUUUCUGGGGCUAUUCUCUCGCAUUUUCGUCGACAGGGACAUCGGGCUUUAUUGGGAAUCUGGCCCACAUCGGCUUGAGAAACACGUUGGGAGAACCGUCGCCGGGAAGUCCAUUGAUUCCUGAGUUGUUGUAUGCUUUCUAUCAGAUGCAAUUUUGUGCCACAACAGGCGCUAUCGUGACAGGAGCCAUUGCUGAACGAGGUCGCCUCAUCCCCAUGAUGGUAUUCAUCUUCUGCUGGGCCACUCUGGUAUACUGUCCCAUCGCAUACUGGGUUUGGAACGUCAACGGAUGGGCAUUCAAAUUUGGAGUCCUUGACUAUGCUGGAGGUGGCCCAGUUGAGAUCUGCUCAGGUGUCUCGGCCUUAGCCUACAGCAUGAUGCUCGGAAAGCGCCAACAGAAAAUGAUGCUCAACUUCCGACCCCACAACGUGUCCCUAGUCACUUUAGGCACGAUCAUACUUUGGUUCGGCUGGCUUGGGUUUAACGGCGGCAGUGCAUUUGGAGCAAAUCUGAGAGCUGUGAUGGCAUGUUGGAAUUCGUGUCUCACAGCCAUGAUGGCUUCAAUCACAUGGGUGUUGCUUGAUUAUCGAUUGGCGAGGAAAUGGUCGAUGGUGGGCUGGUGCUCAGGUUGUAUUUCUGGUCUCGUGGCUGCCACUCCAGCGUCCGGUUUCAUUCCACCAUGGGCCAGUAUCAUCCUUGGCGUAGUCGUCGGUAUCGUCUCCAACUUCAGCACCAAGAUAAAAUUCUGGAUUCGGAUCGAUGAUAGCAUGGACAAUCUUGCCGAACACGGGAUAGCAGGCAUGGUAGGCUUGAUCUUCAAUGGCUUGUUUGCAGCAGACUACAUCAUCGGCUUGGAUGGGGUCUCGACUGGCCUGAUAAAUGGAGGAUGGAUAAAUCAUAACUGGAAACAGUUAUAUAUCCAAGUCGCCUAUGUUGUUGCUUGCACAGCAUAUUCUUUCGUGGUCUCUGCUGCUAUAGCUGGAGUCAUCAACCUUAUUCCGGGUCUGAAUCUCAGAGCGAGCGAGGAGGCAGAGAUGCUGGGUAUGGAUGAUGACCAGCUUGGAGAGUUUGCAUAUGACUAUGUUGAGGUUAGGAGAGACUACCUGGCUUGGACACCAGAGACUCAAGAAGCGCAAACGAUCGUUGGAAUCGAUGCAAGAGAAAAUCGGGCACCAGGAGAUCCAUUGAGGAUGCGGCAGAUCAGUUCUCGGACGGUGGGGCACAUGGAUGGGGAGAUUACACCUGUGAACAGAGUUCAGCAUGUUGGUGAUGAGGUUCAGCAAGAGAAACUGGGAGUUGAAAAUGCGAAGAUGCGAUGAUGCGAUGAUGCGAUCAGAUGGAAUGCGU